UACUUCGAACUUCUCAGGUGUUGCAUUUAAUCUCCGCUACAAGCCGAGUAGAAUUAGGAAUAGGAGAUCUAGUUCAUUUGAGAUACUUAGCACUUACGUUACCGGAAGGAAAACUUUGUAACCUUGUUCCGAAUUAUUUUCACUACCUCUCGAACCUAGAAACCUUUAACCUCCAAGGUUUUAACGGGGACAAGAUUUCAUUGCCUCGCGAUAUAGUUAAGAUGGUUAAGUUGAGGCAUCUAUAUACUAAAAGGGCGUUAUUCAAAUAUCAUCAUGUUUCUUAUGAUGAAGACAAGGAGAAUAUGUUGGAUAGCUUACAGACCUUGCACCAAAUGUGUAUUUGUGAGCAUUGCCUACGUUUCUUGGAAAGGACUCCCAAUCUUAGGAAGCUAGGACUUAGAGGAGAUCUGGGUUUGCAAGGGGGUGAUCUUUUGAUGCUCCCCGACCUAGAGUUCUUAAAAUGUCUUGAGAUACUCAAUGUUGAUCCAUGGUUCAACAACAAGCGCGUGACACGCACUGGGCUGAAGCUUCCUCCGACUCUUACGCGGCUAACUUUGAGAUUUACGCUCUUGAAGUGGGAGGAGCUGUCAAUAAUCCUCCAAAUCCUGCCGAGCCUUAAGGUUCUCAAAUUACUUGUAAACGCCUGUAGUGGACCAGUUUGGAACACAUGUGAACUUGAGGAGGGGUUCUCUCAACUCAAGUACUUGAGGCUUGAAAAUUUGGAUAUCGAGGAGUGGAGUGCUUCCGCCGAUCAAUUUCCGGCACUUGAGGUCUUAGUGAUUCAACUUUGCGAAAAACUGAAGGGGAUCCCGAUUGAUUUUGCUUAUCUGAACGAACUUAGCAAAAUUAAGGUAGAGUGGUCCAGUCUCUCUGCAGAGGAAUCGGCCAGGGAGAUUCAGGAAGAGCAAAAAAAUACAAAGGGAGAUGAUAAUUGCCUAAAUCUCGUUUUCAGAUAUAAUCAGCCAAAACGGGGGUGCUCGAGAGCAGUGGGGUGUGAUUGAGUGCUAUGAUAAUCCCUCAAAUGGACUCAAUUCUUUUCCAAACCAGAUGGGUUACGCUAUCUCAACAACAUAGAAACCAACCGUUAUAAGUCCAACAGAGAGAGAAUAGGCAGCCGCAGUUGCAAGCUUUCUGCAAUAAACGUUUGUAACUUAUCAGUAUGACUGUUUAAUUAUUUGUCUGUACUUUAGAAAGGCGUUUUUCUUAAUUUGUACUAUGUAUUUGGUUGAAGGCUUGAUUAUUGAGCAAGUCCAGUUUAUAGUUGACAAGACUGUAGUAAAAUAAUUGGUGAUGAUUUUUUUUGGUGGUUUUAU